AAAAUCACUUUGCAAGGAAGUCCAUAGAAUCCGUAUCAAUAUCAGAAAGUAGAAAAAAAAAAAUGGGUAGGUCUGAGUCACAGCAAGAGUGCAAGAAGCAUCAAAAUGAGAAGCAACUGCCGGGGGUUUGCUCCUCUUGUCUGAGAGAGAAACUGUCGCAACUCAAUGCUUCAGCUUCAAACAUGAAAACAACCGGCGGUUUUGGAUAUUUUGGUUCUUCUUCUCCUAAUUCCCCUUCUGCUUCUUCAUCCAUCUUUGUGUCUCCGAUUUAUGGCAGGCAUCAUCGUAGGGCUUUGGAAAAGACGGGUGGUUCUAUUUCUUUUACGCUAAAAGUUGGUCAUGAUUAUGGGCUGAAGAAAAGCAGAUCGGUCGCUUUUAUUUCGAGGAGUCUACACGAGGAGGCUGCCAGUAGUGGGAAGAAGAAAGGAGGGUUUUGGUCGAAGCUGCUUUGGUCUGCAGGGAAGAGGACAAAAGAUGUUUUGAAGCAUUCAAGGGCUGAAAGCCGAAGGUUGGAGUAAUGGGACGACGGACGAAUGAUUUACAAAAAAUAAAGUUUGUAGAUAUUUCUUUAGAAUAUUUCUUUUUUGAUCGAGUUUGUUUCUCUUUUUUAUUUUUCCUAACUGGAGGGCUUCAGCUUGGAGUAGAAAGAUUACCCUCUUCUCUUUCUGAAAAUAAUUAAACAUGUACGUUAAUCCCUUGGGGAUCGGAGGAUGAAUUUAUUGAAGUUUGUGAUCAUAGAACAUGCAUGCCUAACGUUCGUAAUUCAGAGUAUUUCGUUUCA